UAUAUGUUAUUAAAGAUAAUUUGUUUUCAAUGUUUUCUAUAGUAACCAUAUUCAAGACAGAUUCUAUAACCACCCACAAAAAACGAUGAUUUUCAUUAUGAUAUUCUAGUUUUUUAUUAUGUUUUUUCUCAUUCUGGGAAAUAAAAUGAGAUGUAGGUACAUAUUUAUUUUUUUGUAUUGGAAUACCAGGAAAAUGUUUGAGAGUCGUUGUCAUGACACUAGUGGUAGCUCAUCGUUAUCUUUAUCUUUUCAUGUUCACAUGGGCCGUUCAUUGUUUUCUUUUUCUUUUUUCGCUUGUUCACUUCUCCCUUCCCUGUUCUAGAAUUAAUCAUCUUCCAUAAUCACUUACAAACCAUAAGGCUCACAUAAUCAUUUACGAAUAACGAGAGUUCAAAAAAUAUAUUAGUCGACAGAUUAAUAAGAGAACACUAUCAAAACUCAAUUAUGGAAGCCCUUCCAUUGAAAACUUACCACUUCAAGAAAAGAAGAAGAAGGAAAAUCAAGAUAUUCGAUGAUUCAAACAUCGAAAUCAAACUCUUAGACGACCAUUAUCAUUCAGUUGUUAAUGAGUGACCGUUCAAGAUUGUACAUCAAUCGAGAUACCUAUGUUAGUGAUCAAGUGAUUUUAGUGCUAUAAUAUUUUGAUAUCUUAAAAUAUCAUGGAUCUAGUCCUGAAAUUUUUAUUUGAGAGACUUUUAUAAAAUAUUAAUUUUUACUUUAUAUUUUGAUACUAUUCAUUUAGUGUGAAAAACUUGUGAUUCUCAAGAAAAUAUUGUUUUUAUUCGACAGUGAAAUCGAUCAAAUAUGACUAUUUAUAACCUAGAAGAAGUGUGCAACAAUGUUGGAGACAUGCCUAUCCAGAGUAUCUACUGGACCAACAACAAACUGGUUGAAAACUACAACAGACUGAAAAAUGCUGAAAAGAACAAUGGUAAAAAUAUACAGAGAAUAGACAACACCGACAAUGAGAAGACGAAAAUCGCACAAUGUGAAUCGACCAGUGAUAGUGGAAGUGAUAACGAGGACGAAAACGUGUCAUCUUUACCACCGGGAGUAACUCAAGAAGAUGUGGAUCUUUUCAAAAGAGCCCAAGAGAUAGCUAGAACGAAAACGACAUCUAAAGAAGAUUUAAAUACACUGGUUCCAAACUCUAUGUGUAUAGGUGCCCUGGAAAGAAGGCCUGCUGCUAUCGAGUUUGGAAAAUAUGAAAUUACGACCUGGUACUCCAGCCCUUUUCCUGAAGAAUACCUAUUUUCGCCGAAACUAUUCAUGUGCGAGUUUUGUUUGAAAUUCACAAAGACCAAAGCAAUCCUAGAACGCCAUCAGAGCAAGUGCCAUUGGAGAUGUCCCCCAGGUAACGAGAUCUACCGUCGAGAGAAUUUGUCAGUAUUUGAAGUAGACGGCAAUCUCAACAGAAUAUACUGUCAGAAUCUGUGCCUGUUGGCGAAACUCUUCCUGGACCACAAAACUCUCUUCUACGACGUUCAGCCUUUCCUGUUCUAUGUUUUGACCAAAAACGAUGAGACAGGUUGUCACUUUGCCGGAUACUUUUCCAAGCAGAAGCAUAACCCACAAGACAACCUGUCUUGUAUUAUGACGAUGCCACAGUAUCAGAGACAAGGAUUCGGGAGAUUUCUAAUGGAAUUCAGUUACCUUUUAUCUAGGAGAGAAGGUAAGCUGGGUACUCCGGAGCAACCAUUUUCAGACUUGGGGCGUAUAUCUUACCAUGCUUAUUGGAAAUCUGUUGUACUCGGAUAUCUAGAUAAGCACAGGGAAGAUGAGCUAACUAUCGAGGACAUCAGUAAGGACACGGGCAUUGGUGGCCAAGAUAUUGCCACAGCUCUGCAUCUACUUGGUUCCGCCAGAUCUGGAAUUACUGAUGAAAAAAAGGUAGUUCUAGCAGUAGACGGGAAAAAGGUAGAUGCAGACGCUGAAAAAAUGAGAACCAAUAAAAGGAAGAUAUUGAUCGACCCGGAACGUCUGAAAUGGGCUCCAUAUGUAGGAUCUCUCUUGAAAGAUAAAAGGUCGGAUGCCGAAGAAGAUAUUCAAAAUGAUCUCCAUUGCCAACCUGAGAAGUUGAAGAGAGGUAGAAAAAGGAAGAGGUCCAAAGAUUCUCAAUCAGUAGAACCUGAGAAAUCGUCCGUCAAGUUGAAGAGAGGAAGAAAAAGGAAGAUUUCGUACCCUCUUCAAACUCAAGAACUGAAAAAAAGGAGAUCUCAAAACAAUUCUCUCAGAUGAAGCGGUUGAAUUGCCUGGAGGGAUGAUAAAAAUGACCUCAUCAGGAAG